AUGAGCACAAUUCCGUGUCGAGUUCGGUUCGAUUCUCCUCUGUCGCUUGUUGAGCGUCUGCAGCACUUGCAACAAGAACGGAAAGACGCCGUCAAGAACGCGGGCGAAGUGCACCAUGCUAAGGUCUACGCCGUGGAAUUGUCCGUGACUCCAUCCACUGCUGGCAUUGCAAUCUCUGCAGCGUUCGACCCACUACGCACAAACCAAGACACGGCAGGAAAGUUAGUAGCGGCUAUGGUCUCGCACUUGCGCCACUGGGAUCGAUAA